AUGUUGUCAACGAGGAAACGAACCCUCCUCAGCUGGUGGCUGGCUAUUGUCGUUCUGUUAUCUAUAUCUAUAUCUACCACCACUGCCACGGCGGCCGAGAAGAACAGCCCUGAUCACAAGCCUUCCGUCCAUGUAGUAGACAGCACAUCCGAUGAUGAUUACGAUGAUGAUCCUCUCUAUGAGGCCAAUCCAGACUAUUCGGAUACGGACGACGAUGACAGUGAUCACGAGGAAGAGGAGGAGGAAAAAGCCAAGACAGCUGUGAAUUCUGCAUUAAAGAAAAAAGAAAAACUACCCACAAGAGUCAUGACCUUUGUCAAGAAACGUCGCCUUCAAAUCACCUUGGUCUUGACCGUGAUUGCCUUUCGACGCGAAAUUGCCAAAGUCAUCCAGACCAAGAUCUUACCCAAGGACGGCACUAAAUAUAAGAUGCCACCACUGGAUUUCACGCAACUCUUGAAAAUUGUCGUCUUUAUCGACAUUAUGCGACAAUUGCAAGCCGCGGGAAACAAAAAGGGAGAUCCACUCUUGAUUGCCUUGCUAUUAUUAGGAGCCAAGAAUCCCGUCAUGUCUUCCAUUCUCACAAAGACCCUAUUGCAAGAAAACAAUAGCUUUAUUCCACCCAUCGAACAGCAUUAUACCUUUGAACGAAUCAAUGAUCGGUAUGAUAAGGAUACCCAAGCCCUGCAAAAGGCGGCACGGUACAGUCCAAAGAAAAAGAAAUCAGCCAAGGAACCCAUCUCCCAGCUCUACCAAAGCUUGCGCGAGAAACAACAACACGCAACGAAUCCACAAAAGUACGCCGCAACCAUUAUUGUCCUGGAUCUGAGCAAUAUCAAUAAAGCGCCGGGACGAAUUGACAUGCUACGAGAUGAAGUCUCGUUUCUGAUUCAUCAGCACGACAAAAAGACUAUUCCGUACAAUACUGAUAAUGACAAUGACGACAAUGACGAGGAGGAGGAAGAUCGCCAAUUAGAAGUAUUGGUAUUGCUGGAAUCACCCGGUGGCGCCGCCAACGAAUUUGCCUUGGCAUCGCAACAAUUGCUACGACUGCGGAACGUGGAGAAUAUCACUGUCACGGUCGUCGUAGACCGGAUCGCCGCAUCGGGAGGGUACAUGAUUGCCUGUGCGGCAUCACCGGGGCAGCUCUACGCCGCACCCUUUGCCGUGUUGGGCAGCAUUGGGGUUAUUGGACAAGCCAUUAAUGUACAAAAGUUACUCGAUGGAUGGGGGAUUCAGGGUAUGGUGUUCAAAGCGGGCAAGGACAAGGCGCCCGGUGGCAAUUUGAUUGGAGAAGUCUCCAAACGCGACAAGAGGGGACUUCAGUCCAUUGUCGACGAAACACAUGCUGCCUUUAAACGAUACGUGGCAGAAGCUAGACCGACUUUGGCACGUACCAUUGAGGAUGUGGCUACGGGUAAAAUAUGGCUCGGAUAUGAUGCACUGGAAGAAGGACUCAUUGAUCGGGUCGUCACGAGUGAUGAAUACAUUCGAGAACGAAUCAUGGACGAGGAUGCUUUGGUUCUGAAGUUGAUCAAGAAUACACGCAAACGAACCCUCUUUGGCGGUGGUCCCAAUCAAUCACAGCAGGGAAUUCUGGACCGGAGCAUCUUUUCGAUCAAGACGGAGGCCAAAAAGGCUCUGUCGUACUUGGCAGAACGCGUCAAUCUACCAGUUUCUGGCGGCGAGGAGUUGGCGGCGGAGGACGAUAUAUCAACACUGACUUCCACAAAGUUGCCGUAUCACCAGACCCCCAAAGCGCAGGAUACCUCGUUUUAA